ACUUGUUGGAUGUGUCCGUUUGAAUUUCUAAGUGAUUGUUGUCUGCCCUCUCGGAAUCCAGAGAAGAUCGCUCACGUGUGUGAAGGUUAACGCGUUUUUUUUUUACAGGUUACAUGCGCGUAAAAUGCGCCUCUCCUCGUCCUUACCUGUUUGUUUGCCCCCGGCCGCGUACCUGACUAUGCUCCGUGUCUCGGUGUCUGCUGAUCGCGGCUGACUCUGCAGCCGUGCCUCUGACCUUUAGUCUGCUGGUCCUACAGCGGGAUCGUUGGGUUUCCCUGGCGGCGUUGUGCGCUCUGGACUCCGGCGCAUCCUUGGAGAAGUUUCGCCGCAGUCCCAUGCACAGCGCGUCUCUGCUCUCCUCCUGCUGCGAUAAGGAUGCUGGCGACUUUACACGGUCAAACUCCACAGGAUUAGCCUGAGUUGAAGAGACGGACCAUGUAACCAGAUCAGAUGUUCAUACAGUGUGGCUAUCCUGCGUGUGACCUCUCACCUUUGACCUCUGAUUUGACUCUUCUUCACCCUUACAACCUUCAAACACUCUUCUGAUGUGUUAAGCAACUUUGCUGAACAGUUUGAUGGAGAGCUGGUCGGAUGACAGCUGGAACUGUUGUCAUAACCGGAGGAAUACUGGCCACAGUGAUACUUCUGUGUAUCAUAGCUGUGCUCUGUUACUGUAGACUCCAGUAUUACUGCUGUAAGAAGAAUGGGUCUGACAGCGGCUCCAUCUCUCAGCAACACUUUGCCUGCAAUGCCUGCAGUGUCACCGGCCUGGACGGGUCGAUCGCCACCCCGCUGUCCAUGUCGCCACCUGAGCCGCCAGGAUCCUCUGACCCCACCAAACCCACAGGGAGGCAACGCAGCUACUGCCCCACCUGCUCACCCUAUGACUCGCCCUUCUACAUCCGUACCACCGAUGAGAUGCGCAAUGGUGGCGAGCGAAUCACCUACAUGCCCACACACUAUGAGAACCAGGCUCUGGCGAUGCCGCUGCCUGCCGUCCGAGGCUCCCUGCUGAGGGAGACCCAGCGAGGCCGGCCUCCUGACUUCUACACCAACACCCGAGCUAUCAGCACUGAGGUGUGACCACCCCAAGCCCCCCAACACCACACACUCACACACACAGACACCCCUCUCUCCACUUGCACACACACCAGCACCACCACUCACAACCACAAACAUCAUUUUGGUAACUUCUGCAGCUGCCAGUGAGGAUCUGUUGGAUAAAGGCCCAUUGUUUGUGGAGGUUUUCACAUUUAUUUAGGGUUUGUGGGGAUUUAAGUACAGAUUAUUCAUGACAGCAGCUGAGGACUAAAGUGUGUGAUAAACAGGGAUUACUUUCAAAACCUACUUCCUCAAUUUAUACCCUUAAAUUUUUAGUUUUCAUGUUCACUAAGAUAGCAAUUCUGUAAGUGACAGUAGAUAAAACUGUAGAUUUCUUGUAAGAAAAUAUCCCACAUGAAGGGCAUGGUUGUAAAUUUGUAAACUGUCUGUUGACUGUUACUGUGUCUUUACUGACUGAGGGCUAUCUUAGAUCAUUUAUGAUUUUAUUUUGCUACACACCCUCCUAAUGACUGCCAAAUACACAAAAAAGGAGUAUGAUGUAAUAAACAUGAAGCAAUCCUGUCAUGAUAAGCAGAAUGGAGACUGAAAUAUAUUUUAAAAGUUACAAGAAGGAAGAGUCAACAUCCCCUCUACAGUUUUCUGGAUCUCUGAAAGCAUGCUUGAGUGACGACUGGAGCUUUCUCUAUGCAAGCUAUCUGGAAAACUACUGCAGUACUUUGUCUCCAGCCAUCUUCUUUCAGCAGUUUUUGUCUCAUUGUGUAACUGAAUUGGAGGAAUAUUGAAAGCACGGUGCACACUCGGUACGACAUGACAAUGCUGCACAUGUAGAUAGACAUACAAGCAUUUAAAACCGAAACAUGGAUACAGUAGUUCUCUUGGAUUGCCAGAUCCACAUUGAACCCACACUCUUUCCCCUGAGGUGUAAACCUGUUAACAUGCAAGGACGUUUGAGUCCUUGAACGCAACAGUGGCAAGCUUGAAAUGAACUGAGUGAACUUCUCUUCUGACAGUGAUGCAAAAAGUUUGAUAUGUAAAUAUAAAUAACCAGAAAGCUAUGAAAGUGUCUCUUAAUCCCACUGUGUUCUUGACAAGAUGCACCCUGGGAUUUGAACAUGAUGUAUUUUGAAUGAGGGGAGUGUGAUUUACUAGUUUGUGCUAUUUUGUCGACACACUCCUCCUAUACUCCUGUACUAUUCUCAUGUUGAAAUGCAAAUAACCAUGUCAUUUCUUUCCAUGUUUUAUUUUUCAUCUUGUGAGGAAGUCAGAAUACACAUUUACGUGAUUGAAAACUGUUUCACUGUGCUCAUUUUCUACAUUACACUUACCCAGCAUUGCUUGUCAUGCACAAUAAUAUUUCCUGUGAUAUUUGUCUUUAUAUUUAUGUGUACAGUAGGAUUCAGUAAGGCUGAAUAAGCAGCAGUGCAAGAAACCUGCAGGGACUUGCAUGGUGUGGCAAUGUUGGUUAUUUUUGCAAGAUUUCAAGACAGGCCUGGAGUUAACAUUCAAGCAUUAAACAACAGUUCAUCUAACAUAAUUCAAAUUUAUUAAUCAGCAGCUACUUUAUUUAUUUCUCAGUUACUUCAGGUUAAAUAGAUGCCAACUGCAGUGCCAUUAGUCUGUAUAUCUUGGAACUUUUCAAGACCAUUCUACACAAUUUUUAUUUUUAUAGAUUCACUUAAAAGGGCAAAUAAAUGUACAGAGGACAGGCUUAAUGAAAGAUUAUCAGUAAAAGUUGAUAGGUUUGAUUCUGGUGACAUCUGGCCAGAAAUGUCUGGAAUCUCUGAAGAGGAUUCAGUGAAAUAAAACCAGUGUUUCUCCAUGUUGUUGUCCAUCACCACAGAUAAAUAUUAUUAGUCAUAAUUUGUUUAUUUAGGCAUUGUAUUAACUAUAUAUUUUACUACUUACUUAAACAGUUAACUUUGAAAAAACAAAAACAAAAAAAAGAUUUUUAGAAAUGUGGUUAAAACAAAUAUCGUACCUGACGAAUACAGAAACAGUAAUAUUUGACUGUGUUAACUUUUGACAAUUAAAGAUUUGUAACUGCUUGAAA